UCUCUCUCUCUCUCUCUCUCUCUCUCUCUCCCGGAACCGUCGUUUGCAUGACCAGCUAUUCCUAUAAUAGGAUUCCUUCCCUGAUCCNUCCUGAUUUUAGCAGGAUACGUCAUCUCAAAUACUUGGACCUGAGCUGGAAUGAGCUCACUGGACCUAUACCUUCUUCUAAUCUUUCUAAGGAUGUGACAACCAUUGAUUUAUCAAACAACAUACUUAACGGAUCCAUCCCACAGAGCUUCUCAGAUCUCCCUUUGCUUCAGAUGCUGUUGCUGAAGAACAAUGUGUUAUCUGGAUCUGUCCCUGAUUCCCUUUGGACGAAUAUCUCAUUAUUGAAGAAAGCUAGACUUCUUCUUGAUCUUAGGAAUAAUUCUCUGUCACAAGUGCAAGGAGAUCUAACUCCUCCACAAAAUAUCACUUUAAGGCUUGAUGGUAAUCCGAUCUGCAAAAAUGGAAGCAUAUCAAAUGCAAACCUAUUUUGUGAGUCCAUAGGAAAAGAGUGGACAUCACUACCAACCAACUCAACUAAUUCUGCACUGGACUGUCCUCCACUAGCCUGUCCCACUCCUGACUUCUACGAAUACAGCCCAGCAUCCCCGUUACCAUGCUUUUGCGCAGCGCCUCUCAGAAUUGGAUAUCGUCUCAAAAGUCCUAGCUUCUCAUACUUCCCUCCAUACAUUGAUCAAUUUGACGAGUAUGUUGCUGAUUUCCUUCAGAUGGAACCAUAUCAACUCUGGAUCGACUCAUAUGAGUGGGAGAAAGGGCCUCGUUUGAGGAUGUAUCUAAAACUUUUUCCGAAAGUUAAUGAAACCUAUACAAGAACGUUUAACAGCAGUGAAGUUCUCAGAAUCCGGGACAUAUUCGCUUCAUGGAGAUUUCCUGGUAGCGACUUAUUCGGCCCGUACGAACUGCUCAACUUCACUCUGCAGGGGCCUUAUUCAUAUGUUAACUUCAACAGUGAAAGGAAAGGCGUCAGCUGGGGACGAUUAGCAGCAAUAACUGCAGGGGCUGUAGUUACUGCUGUUGCGAUAUCUGCCGUGGUUGCAGCCUUGUUGCUUAGAAGAUACAGCAAACACGAGCGAGAGAUAUCUAGAAGACGGUCUUCCUCGAAGGCUUCCUUGAUGAAUUCUGGGAUAAGAGGCUUCACUUUCAAAGAACUAGCAGAGGCCACCGAGGAUUUUAGCAGCUCAACUUUGGUUGGACGCGGAGGCUAUGGAAAGGUUUAUAGAGGUGUGUUAUCUGACAAAACGGUUGCUGCAGUAAAGCGAGCAGAUGAGGGUUCUUUGCAAGGUGAAAAGGAGUUCUUGAAUGAAAUAGAAUUGCUCUCGAGGUUGCAUCAUCGGAAUCUAGUGUCACUGAUCGGUUAUUGUGACGAAGAAGGCGAGCAGAUGCUGGUGUACGAAUUUAUGCCAAAUGGCACCCUGCGCGACUGGCUGUCUGCUAAGGGGAAGGAGUCAUUGAGCUUUGGGAUGAGGAUUCGUGUUGCGUUGGGAGCAGCCAAAGGCAUUCUCUACCUUCACACAGAAGCCAACCCACCAGUGUUCCACCGAGACAUCAAAGCCAGUAACAUCCUCCUUGACGAUAACUUCAAUGCCAAAGUUGCAGACUUUGGACUGUCUCGACUUGCUCCUGUGUUGGAAGACGAAGAGGAUGUGCCUAAACACGUCUCGACCGUUGUCCGUGGGACUCCAGGGUACCUGGAUCCGGAAUAUUUCCUGACACACAAGCUGACGGACAAGAGCGAUGUUUACAGCAUUGGAGUUGUGUUCUUGGAGCUGCUGACUGGUAUGCACGCCAUAUCCCAUGGCAAAAAUAUCGUGCGAGAGGUGAAGACAGCGGAUCAGAGGGAUAUGAUGGUAUCGCUGAUAGACAAGAGAAUGGAGCCGUGGUCGAUAGAAAGUGUUGAAAAGUUUGCGGCUUUGGCACUAAGGUGUAGCCACGACUCACCGGAGAUGAGGCCGGGUAUGGCGGAGGUAGUGAAAGAGCUGGAGACACUGCUCCAAGCAGCCCCGAAUAAGGAGGCAAGAAUGGAAAUGGCAUCGUCUUCAUCAGUGCUCUCAACAUCUUCGUCGAAUGUGACCAGAGACCUUUACGAAUCGUCGAGCCUAUUAGGAAGCGAUCUCAGCAGCGGCUUUGUUCCCAGCAUCGCUCCUCGGUGACUACAACUAUCUCUGUACAAAAACAUUUAUUACUCCUUUUUGACUCCACUCAACCUUUCUUACUUUUAAAGUUUAACCAAUUAAUUAUCUUCUAGUUAUACAACUUACAACAUUGUAAUAUAUUCACUUUUUUUUUUUU